AUGCUGGAGGAGCUCCGGCGCGAGCUGGAGAGACGCGGAGACGCAGACGAGGCCACGCUGCAGCUUCGCGCUCUGAUUGAAGACGUCAUCAAUCUCUGCCUUUCGCUGGGUUCUUUUGGCAAAGCUGGCCGCGCCGCAGUGCACGUAGAGACGCCCCUUGCUGAGUUGGUUGAUGCGUCAGCAGAGGGCGCGAAGCUGCCCCAGGCACUUCGCAGCCGGGCACAGCUGUGUCAUUUGCAAGACCUGUAUAUGGAGCUCGUUUCCUCCAACCAUGCUGGUGACUCCUUGGCUGCAGUUGCCCUUGCGUACCAGGAUGCGCUGGAGCCAGAAUCAGCAACUGCACUGGCAGCUGCAGCGGCAGAGCUUGCGGAGUGGCGGCCAGUGCUGCAUGAUCUGCUUGCUGAGCAGCUGAUUGUUGACCGGUGGCCGGCAGGCGCCUCGCUCAAGGAGUUUCUGGAAUUCGCUGCGGGCGAGCCACCUCCGGACUGCUUCCCUGAGUCUCUGGAGCUUCGACAUGCUCUCGCGGUCUAUCGCACGUUGGCGGCGGCGCUGGCAGGCGGCCAAUAG